AUGGCUUCUCCAGCUGUGGCGUCUGCCCUACAGGACAUCGAGACAGCCUCCGUCGGCGACAAGCCGUCUCAAUACACAUCGCUCCUCCAACAAAUCACCGCAUCCUCGAGCAAUCUCGCCGCAGACCUCAAUGCCUUUGCACGAACCCUCCUCGACGACUCCCUCGGCAUAGUUGUACUGCGCCCACUUCUGGCUUCCUUUGUAGAGGCUUUUCAAACCGUGCAGGAUGCCGAUGUCAAGAUCGACGUUGGCGAGGCAGUCAUCUCACUGCUGCAGUCAAAGGGCGCAGGACAGUAUGAAGAGCAAGACACACGCAUCAAGAACGCACUGGCCGACGCGUACGAGGAGAACGAGGACUGGAGGAAGUCGGCGCAGACACUUGCCACCAUCAACUUGGAGUCUACACAAAAGUCCGUGUCGGCCGACGACAAGGCAAAGGUCUGGAUCCGCAUUGUGAGGUGUUAUCUCGAGGAGGAUGAUCCUACAAGCGCUUUCUCGCACCUGAACAAGAUCAAGAAUAUCAUCUUCAGCGUCCAGGACAAACAAACACGGCUGAUGUUCCAGCUCAGCCAAGCCCGCAUCUACGACUCACAACGCGCCUUCCUCGACGCUGCGCAGGCAUACUACAUUCUGAGCAACGAGUCCAUGAUCGAAGAGGGGGAGCGUGAGAAAGCUCUCGGAGCAGCCAUAAUAUGCGCCGUCCUCGCACCCGCAGGCCCGCAACGAGGAAGGAUGUUGGCCAAGCUGUACAAGGACGACCGAGCAAGCCGGGUAGAGCACUUCUCGAUUCUGGAGAAGAUGUUCCUGGACCGUCUUCUCUCACCAGCAGAAAUCAAAGCCUUUGCCGCCAAGCUGGAGCCACACCACCUCGCGAAGACUGCAGACGGAUCGACGGUGCUCGACAAAGCUGUGCUUGAACACAACCUGCUCGGCGCAUCCAAGCUCUACAACAACAUAGGAUUCGACCAACUCGGCGAGCUGCUGGGCAUCGACGCGGAGAAGGCCGAGGACUAUGCUGCCAAGAUGUUGGAGCAGGGCCGGCUGGCGGGCUACAUUGACCAGAUUGAUCGGCUGAUCUUCUUCGAGGGCGAGGCCAGCGGACAGCGGAAGACGGGUCAUGCAGAGCGUGUGGUGGGGAAGGAGUUGAGGAAGUGGGACACGAAUGUGCAGGGUCUGGCUGAGGAGGUGGAAAAGGUAACGACGAUGAUUCAGAACCAGUAUCCAGAGUUCUACGCGUCUCAGGCGGUGCAUUGA